UGCUCAGUAAUUUGUACAGACUUUUCUUCUGCUGUACAGACAUGUGAAUAUACUGGAGGAAUCAAUUGUUUCUGCUGGAUUUAUGCUCACUGACCAAAGUAGGGCAGUGAAGGCUUUUCAACUGGGACAAAAAUGGCCUCAGGUGAUAAAAACAGACCUGUAGUCCCACCUGCACUUCCAUCUCGAACCUACCGAAACAUCUCAGUGUCCAACAUCCCUGGCUCACAGAAAAUCCAGACAAAUUCAUGUAAAAGCAUCUCAGAUGAAAUCUCAGAGGCCAUCUAUGAAGACCCUGAUGCAUUAUUGAACUCUACCCCAGUUGUAAGUCAUUUAGAGGCUAAACCCAAGCCUGUACCUCUGCCGAGGAGAAGAGAUAAACAAAAUCCACAAAUCUACGAUUCCAAAGACACAACCAAAGCAAACAGCAAAACCACCCCAGGAAACAACUAUUAUGCAACCAAUCCAACCUACGUGACCAACACUGUCAAAGCUAACGCAGCUCAGACAACCAACGAAGCUAAUACUACCAAUACAAGUCCCAUAAUCUACAGUCGGGACGCAACAUCUGAGACGAGCACUACUGUUAAAACUGGAACUGCCAGUACAACCAACACUAACCCAGUCACCUUGACCCGAAACAUCAAGACACCAACUUUAACCAGUGUUGGAAAGGCCAACUCAACCUGCAAUGACGACAGAACCAACCAGACCAACACUGUUAACCCUUCAGACAAAACAGCCUAUACAGAGUUCUAUGCAAGUAAUGAAAGUAGAGAGAACUCAAACUGUUACACAAUACCUCAGCCUGUUCGCCAACCUCCACCUCCACCUGUUCUACCCAAAACCAAGGUCGUAAAUUCAGCUACAAUUGGCACUCCACUGAAUGAUGACAUGGUAACAAAAUCAGAGGAAAGUGUUGGGAUUAUUCAAAGUGGGAAGAACUGUUACAUGACACCUCGCCCUGCUCACCGAGCUUCACCUAUACCACCUGAGACUAAAAGCAAAGAUGGAUCAACAACUGGCAGACCACAGUAUUAUAACAUGGGGACGAAUUCGGAUAAAAGUGUAAAGGCUGAUAGUAGAGAAAACCCGGACUAUAUCAGGAAACCUGCUAAGCAACCUCUCCCUCUGCCUGUCCCAUCUGAGACCAGGGGCGUAGAUUCAUCAGCAAAUAUCAGUUCACAGAAUGAUGACAUGGAAACAAAGUCAAAUAAAAGUGUGAAGAGUAAUCAAAGCAGGAAAAACUCAGACGACUACAUGAUUCCUCGCCCUGCUCACCAUCCCCCCCUUCCACCUGUACCAUCAGAAACCAAGGGCGUGAAUUCAACAACAAAUAACAGUCCACAGAAUCCCGACAGGGGAAUACUUUUGGAUAAAAAAUCAAAGAAACCACCUCCUCUUCCUCCCCCUCGUCCUUCUACAGAACGUAGGUUUCCUGUUUACUGUGACAGAGACAAUCCUAAUUUACAGAGCAGAAAUACAUCACCUUUAACUAACCCCAAAGAGGAACAUUAUUUCAGCUCAGCAUCAUCUCAUUACACCUAUGCGAACCCUCCAUACAUUGAAGUUCUACCCGAUCAUGACUUUAACCGGUCACAAGCAUCAACACUUCUUUAUGACGAAGGAAAUCACAGCACCUAUGACAACAUAUAUCAACUAUCUCCAGAUGACAUCCCUGAGCUACUAUUCUGGUUGAAAAAAGUAUCUAGACAAUCAGAUAACCUUACACAGUAUGGCCUCAGUGAGGACGAAGAAAUCAGGUCAUUCAAUAGGCAGGCAAAUCAUGUGAGGAAGGCCCGGCGCCUCUACCAACUACUCAUGAUGAAACGUAAGGAAACCUUGCAGAACACCCUCAAAGAGUUUCAGGCCAUCUGUGACAAACUAGACAAAGUACAGAAGACCAACAAAGCUAUGGGAAUUGCUGGAGGCGCAACAGGUGCAGUGGGAGGCGUGACGGCAGUGGUGGGUGUCGCCUUGGCCCCCAUGACCAUGGGUGUCUCACUGAUUGCUACAGCUGUAGGUGCCGGGAUUGCAGCAUCAGCUGGAGGUUUCGGUGCUCAUGCUGCCAAGGCCAACAAGAAGAUCGUUAACCGGGAAACAGUUGAGAAGCUUGUAAAGGACUACGAGGAAAAUGUUGUCGACAUUGAACAUUGCCUGAAUUACAUCCUUUGUAUGAUGAAGGAGAUGCAAAGACACAACGUUGGCAAGCUAAAGAAAAUCGGAGCAAACCCAGGCACACUGAGGAUGGUGGAUCUGUCUCAGGCUGUGUUAAGAAACAACAUAAAAGAAUGGCCAAAAGUUGAAGAAGACAAAUAA